AUGUGUAUCCCGGUCAAGCUCAGAAUAGCUAUGACGGCAAGUCAUCUGCUCUUGUGCGCGGUUCUUGCUCAAGCGAAUUCCUUCAUUGUGACCCAGUCUCCCGACGUGGAGGUGACACUGGGCAGCUCUGCAUCACUGCACUGUGACAUCGGGGAACUCUACUCCAAAUGCUCACGAGUGGUUUGGCUGAAGCUGGACCCAAGGAAGCCCAUGGCACUCCACAUGUCAGACAGAGUGGAGAAGGUUGACCAGAGUAAUGGGAAGGACAUCACGUGGGUCAGUGUGUGUAGGGCCACCAUCCCAGAUGCUACCAUGAACGAUGCAGGCAUGUAUUACUGUGUGGUGUCACAAGGAAGUUUUGCACAUGUUGGCAAUGGGACACGGCUCACUGUAACAGAGCCGGUGAGUUCUUCCCUCCAUGGAAAGGAGUUACCUCCUUCCAUCGAAAUUGUCCCGCCCGUGGCCUACACCUCCGCAGUGCUGCUCCUGUGCCUCGUGUCGGGAGUCCACCCCUCACAGGCCCGUGUCUCCUGGUUAAUCGAGGGCUCUGUGGAGGGCGGAUGGGCCGUCGCCGCCCUAGAGGAGGACAAUGGUCAUGGUCCGCCGAGGCGCUUCACCCAGAAGAACCAGGUCCUGAUUCCGGCGGAGACAUGGGAGCGAGGCGUGGCGUGUUCCUGCGUGGUGCAGAUUGCUGGGCAGAGCUUCUCCAAGACGCUGCACUACAGCAGAGAACCUGACCGCUGUGAUGCUGUGUUCUACAUAUACGUGGCUGCUUGGGUGAUGUCCAGCUUAUUUCUUCUAAUGCUGCUGGGAGUGAUGGCAGUACACCUCUGCAGACCUGAAGCCUGACAUUCAG